CAAUUCUCUUCUACGCUCCUGUAAUACUGACAUCCCAAUCUUAACCAAGAAUUCCUUAGCUGUCAAUUUUAAUCCCAAGAAGCAAUGAGGGUUGAAGAAUAUUUGAUCUGUCUGUCUAUUGUUAGGCAUCAUAAAUAAUAAUUUGUUUGAAAUAAAAUUGUAUAGUGCCCAUUCUCACUAUCAUCAGAGCGCAAGCCGUGAAUUGGUUUUUAGCAGAUGUUGGAUGUUGCCUUCUUGAAGUGUAUUAAAAUGUAUUAAAACAUAAUGGCGACCAAAUUAUGAAAAAAUACUGAUUAUCAGACGUGAAAGUGAUCAAUUAGCGAAAACUAGUGUGAUUAUUGGUAAACGUGGUCGUUCGAUAAUUGCUAACAAUUCCAUGCUUCUUUGAAAUGACGGUCAUUUUCCUAUCGUUAAGAGAUUCAAAAAAAGUCAGCUGUAGGUGGUCUCAGAGGUAAUCAUUUUACUGUUAAAAACAUUUUCAAGAAUAUGGCUCGCAGAACAGAUAUAGCAAGAUACAUUAAUGUAUCAGUUGUUGGACUUUCUGGGGUUGAGAAAGAUAAAGGACAUUCUGGUGUUGGGAAAUCUUGCCUCUGUAAUCGUUUCAUACGAUCUCAUGCAGAUGAUUACAAUGUAGAUCAUAUAUCGGUUCUUAGUCAAACUGACUUCAGCGGACGAGUUGUGAACAAUGACCAUUUCCUUUACUGGGGAGAAGUGGUCAAGAAAUCUGAUGAAGGGGUUGAUUAUCAUUUCAGUGUUAUAGAGCAAACUGAAUUCAUUGAUGAUGCAUCAUUUCAGUCUUUCAAAGGUGGCAAGAUGGAACCUUAUGUCAAAAGGUGUGCAGCUACUAAGAUAACUUCAGCAGAAAAACUAAUGUACAUCUGCAAGAAUCAAUUGGGCAUUGAGAAGGAAUAUGAGCAAAAGCUCUUGCCAGAGGGUAAAUUCAAUGUUGAUGGCUUCAUUUGUAUUUUUGACGUUAGUAUUGUGCCAAGUAGAUCCCUUGAAAAACAAAUAGAAAUUGUUUCCAAUAUUCUUAAUAACCUCCUGAAAACGAAGAAGCCUAUAGUAUUCAUUACUACUAAGAAUGACGAUGCUGAUCCUGCCUACUUGCGUGAAGCUGAUAAACUCAUACAACGCAAAGAAUAUAAGGGAGUUUUGCCUCUUGUAGAGGUCUCUGCUCAUGAGAAUGUCAAUGUUGAUCUAGCAUUCAUUGUUCUGGCACAAAUGAUUGACAAAACUAAGUUCCGCACAAAGAUUACCCCGUAUGUUGAAGCAGCAAGAAUUCGUAGAGAUAUGAUGGAUGCAGCUAGCGAAUCUUUCCUGAGAUUGAUAAGACUUCAUGUGACUGACUAUCACUCUACCUGGUCGCAAACUAUCAAGAUACUUAAUGCUCACAAUGAGUGGAUAUAUUUCGUGCAAAUAUUUGGGUUGGAUGGUACACAACGUUUGUUCAGAAGGCACAUAAAAAUGUUGAAAGAGGAAGCCAUUACUAAAAGAAUCGCCCAUUACAUGGAAUUACUGCCUGAUAUUCUUGAUAAACUCAGUGCAGAUAGGCAUGCUGAAGGAGAUUGGCAAACAGUUAAAUGCACCUUGAAGCAACAUGAAGAUUUUUAUCAAUAUUUUUAUGAAUGCCCUGAGGAUAUUCCUUGGACAGAGUGUGAACUUGAGUCGGACAAUGAAGAAACUAGAAUGCCUUUAAAUGUCCUCGAUACAAAUGAUGCAGAAACUGUUUUCAAAAAUUACAUCAAUAUGCUACAACAAGAAAAACAACAAUCAGAGAUGCCGAAAAGGUGGAAGAAACAAUUCAAACAGCUAUUGGAAGACACAGGAUAUGUCACUCCGGGAAAGCCACUUUCAGAAGUUCGAGUAUUGUUUAUGGGUAGAGAAUGCUUUGAAGCUUUGUCUGAACACGAUUGUCAACAGAUUUACGAUCAGCAUCAAAGACAAAUUAUUGAGAGUGCCAAAUAUAAUUUUCAAGAACUACUUUUAGAACAUGCCAAUAUAUUUUAUAAUUUGAAAAGCAUGACUCCUUCAGGUACAAUAUCACAAGACUGUAUCAAAGAAAUUAUAGAAGUGCUUCAGGAUGAUUUUCGUUACAAGAUGUUGGAUAAAUUGGAUCAAGAUAGGAAAACUAUUCUUUACCAACAUUUGAAUUUCAUACACUGCCCAAUGAAAGAGAAUUGUCCUUCAUAUUCUAAUUGUAUGGAUGUUCUAAUCGAGAAAACUCUUGCUACCAAAAACCAUAGGCCCUCUUCUUGGGGCCAUAACCAAUGGUUUUUGAAUACAGAUGACAAUAAAGUUAACAUACUUAUCUUGGGCUUGAACUAUCUAGCUGAAGAUUUUGUUGCUAAAAUAAGGUCCCAAUGUGAAGAUGACGAGUACAAGAUCGACUGCCAAUUUUACAGUUUGGAUUACAGAAUCAUUUGUGGAGAUGUCAGUUUGCCACAGUAUUCAUUCAAAACUUCUGAUUUUGUUCCCCAUGGAGGCUUCUGUGUUUUCUCCGAUGCUAAAUCAUUUGAAUAUAUAAGGGAGAGUCUUGAAAAAACACUUCUAUCGAAUUUGGAACAGGAUGACAAACUUCCUUUUCAAGGAUUACCUAUCCUCCUCUUGUUUUUGCAGGAUAUUUCUCUGGAUAGUGAUAGUGUUAGCAAACUAAAAGAAGAGGGUCAAAGUUUGGCAGAUAACCUUCAAUGUACAUUCAUGCAUGUUUGCGUUGAUGAAAUCACCACUGAUCAACUUGUUUCUGAAUCUUUGAAUCAAUUGGUUCAAAGUAUCCAUCACCGGACUGGUUUCAUUUAUUUCUACCAGUCCGUUAUUGACUGUUUGGAACCAGAUAUUAGGGUUAUUAUGUCCUUAUUCUGUGGAGAUGAUUACUCUGUGGAAACUCUUCUCUCUCCAUUUUUUCACCAUCAAUGUUACUUCUUGUCCUCCGAACGCAGUGUUAUACUAGAGACAUUCCUUGGCGAUUCUAGACGUAGAGUAGAAAUUAUUAUUUCUUCUUUUCAUGGUGCUAAUUCCUUCAGAGAUGAACUGGUUCAUGGUUUCAUACUGGCUUAUUCCUCUAAACGUAAAGCUUCAUUAGCAAAUCUCAAUGCAUUUUCGAUGAACAUUCCAAAUCUACCAAUUCAAAUAUUAGCUGUAACUGAUUCUGGUGGGGCAAAUGCUUUUUUCAACAACGAACUUGGACAUUUAUUGAUAACUGAAGGGAACACAACAGCAGAUAGACUGAAUGCACACUUCAUGACAUUCACUGCCAACGUUCCUCAAAAAGCAACUUUUUACACUCCCUUCUUCAAGGAAGUUUGGGAGAAGAAGCCUGAAAUUGAGCAAGCUUUUCACAUGGAAGAACCUUCUAAUUUGGAUGACAUUGAUUAUCACAGUCUCCAUGAUCAUCCUAUACCACCUCCUAGACAUGAGAGUUAUCAUCUGAAGAUGAAUGAUAGAAGUGGUAAUGACAGUUACUUCCUCAAUGGUCCAGAUGACAGACAUAGCUCUAGUGACCACAGUGAUAAAUAUAAUAUUUAUCAAUAUAAUAUGGAGAAUGAUAUUCAUUCCAAAGAACAACGAUUCCAAAAUGAUUUUUACCUGAACUGAAUUAAUUGUGCUCCAGCUCAUCCGUGUUGAAUUGGUUGCAAAUGCUCUAAUUACAAUGUGUACACAUACCCUGGCUUAUUAGGCAAUGAAUUUUUCCUGAAUUAUGAGAUUAAAUUGUUCACUGAUAUCUAUUUAAAAGAUGAAGUUUUUAUGUAUAUAUGAUAUAUUUGAAUGUAAAAAAUAUAUGGAUUGGAAGAA